CGACCGACGGAACACCAAGCAUGAGCGUCCUGCCGUUCGUCUUGCUGGCGCUCGCAGGCGUCUGCGUCGCCGGUAUCAUCGUCUAUACUUGCAUCCACAAGCCCGAAGACGAGUGGAGGGAGCGCACCGAGCCGCUCAUGGCCACGUGCGCCGUCGAGGCGCCGAUCGCCGUGCGCAUUACACUGCCGCAAGAAACAUCGUCCACCAUGGAGGCGGCACAUAGCCAAGCGCCGAGUCGUUGUUGCACAUGCAAGGGCUGCGGCGCGACCAUUGACCCGAGUCUCCUGGACCUCGCCAACGGCCUCUGCGUCGCGUGCAGCUACCAGUCGAUCCGCGUGCCGUCGCUCGAGAUCGACAUGCCCAACGACGACGACGAAGAGGUCGACACGACCGGUGACGUGCACUCGUACCGCGACACGAACGAGGACGAGCUCGUGAGCUACUACUACAAGAGCGAGCAGCCGCCCACGACCGACGAAGGUACGACGGCCGAAAUGGAGAGCCCGCAAGAUGACUUCGACUUCGACCAAGGCGCGCCGCGCCUCACCAAGGACAGCCUCCUCGAGCCGUACCUUGAGAUCGACGUCGACGCACUCUCCCAAGACGGCGACGGGCCGCUGGAGGAUGCCCACGACGGCGAACACAACGACGUGGCGGACGAAGAUGCUGAGAUUGCCGAAGAGGCCCUCUCGCUCAUCCAGGACAUGUGGGACAUUGCCUACCAAGCCCACCUUGGCGUCCAUGACCCCGAGGUCGCUGACGCCUUUGCGGCCAUGGCGCUGGAUCUGGAUGCGACCGCCGACGCGAUCCAGAAGGAGCCCCACCUCUUGUCCGAGUCGUUCCACUUUUUGUCGCAGUCGCUCGCAUCGCUUCUCGAGCUCGUGCCCGACGAGUGGAGCUCGCACGUCGAAGCGACCGAGCUCAAGUUUGAAGCGCUGCAAUUCCGGUACCACUCGAAGCUCACGGUCGAGUGCUGCUUGGACUUGGUGUCGCAUUUGUAUGAGCUCGUCGAGUGCGCGCGGAGCUUUGGCGUCGACGCCGACGUCGCGGCGUCGCUCUUGGAGGGCCUCGAGGAGCUCGCGGCGGCCGUCGAAGAGACGCCGUGCGAGCUCGUCUCGUGGCUCUCGUACCUCACGGCGACCGUCAAGCUACUCAAAGCCUACGAGCACGACUUUGCGCAAGCGGCCAUGUGGGACAACGUCGUCGAGUGCGAGCGGAAUCUAGAGCCGCUGCAGAUGCACUGCUGGGAGAUCUACUCGCCUUGCUAGCGCCGUCUCUGUUAUUUAGUGCCCUUCUUGUACAGUAGUCGUCAAUAGAUGUGUGCGUGGACCUGUG